AAAUAAAUAAACGUAUCGAAUUACUAGAGAGCAAACCAAAGAAGCUUCUGCUGUGAGGCAUUUAUCAAUCCAUACCCUAGAAAAAGCCACAAUAUGGAAAAGCUGAGUUUAUUCCUUGUGAUAAACAUCUUUGUGGCUUUACUGUGGUGUGUUUAUUGUAAGGAUCCGCAAAUUACCAACGAGGGCAAGAUUCAAGCAAAGAGGAUUUGCAAACCCGGACCGCGUAUCGCACAAUCCUCGAAAGCCAAGUGCCUCGUCAUUGGAGAUUCUAUCAGUAUAGGGUACACUUCCUGGGUAAAAGACUCGGUGGAGGACCUAUGCGAUGUUUACCACGCCCCCUGGGACACCUCAGACGGAGGAGCACUGGACACGAAAUACGGCGUCCAAUGCCUAGACUACUUCCUCUCGUCCAAUGAGCUCAGACACGUGCACUAUGACGUCAUCGUGUUCAACUUCGGUAUUCACGACGUCAAUUUCGACGGUGGCGAUCCCGAGGAGUACACGAACGAGACCGACUACCGCGCGAACCUCAAAAUCAUCAAGGAAUCACUGCUCAGAACCGGAAGUCACGUAGGAUUCAUAUUAACGACCCCUGUACCAUUCAAUGUCACUGUAAAUGAUAUGGUGAAGAGAUACAAUAUCGUUGCUAGGGAAGUGAUGAGUGGUGAGGUGGCUAGGGCUGGCAAGAAAGGUAGCGUUGCUAAGGGUGCAAGGAAAAGUGUUGAGGACUUUAUAGAAAGCGUUGCUAAGUCUGGAAUAAGAGGGAACCACGUUGUUAUUGAAAGCGCUGCUAAGGCUGAGUCAAGGCAUGACAACUUUGCUAUGAAAAAUGCUGCUAAGGCUAAGAUAAAGAAAGGUGACCUUGCUAUGGAAGAAGCUGCUAAGACUGGUAUAAGAGGUGGACAUAUUGCUAUGAAUGGCUGGAGUUUGAGAGAGGAGAGAGAUAGUGACAAGCCUAUUGAAGUAGCGGAUUUGUACGAUUGGGUUGUGAAGGUCUGCGGUGAGCCGCCGUACAAGUCCUGCAGUAUCGCCAGUAAGCAGCCCAGUCCUCACUAUACACCACAGGGAUACCAGUACUUGUCCAAACUUGUGGCGACUUUGGUGAGGGAUCUCUUCCAGCGGAAAGGCAAGGUUUCCAAGAGAAAAGCUGUCUUCAAACAUGGGCAAACGCAAACCAGUGUUGAUGAGAAUAAAGAAAGGCCGAAUUCCCUUAAUCAUCUUGAAGCCAAGAGGGAGGAAAAAUCACUCAAAGCUAUCUUCCGACAGAUCUUGCGACAGGAAAAGGGAUAUAUUAUAAAGAAGAGCAGGGUCUGGGAUCUUCUCAAACCAAGAGGGUUAAAAAACAAGUUUGUGAAUCAGGUCACCGCGAAUGAAUCUGGCCAGGCCCCGUGUAAGGAUUCGUCCGGUGACGUUGUAACAGUGUGUCCGGACAGCGCCACUUGUGUCCCAGACACUUUCUCUGGAUCGCACUGGGGCUGCUGUCCGUUGCGUGACGCAAUCGAUUGUCACGACGGUAAACACUGCUGUCCCGCGGGAUACGAUUGCGACCCGAAAUGUAACCCUGAAGAAUGCUCUUGCGUGAAGCCGAAAAUUAGUGAAGCAUAACUAAGAUUGUUGUUUGGUCGGAAAAUUUUACUUUAAUUGGGAAGUUAUCAUACAGAAAGAAAUCUUGAUUGCAGCUUCAAUAUGUUAAAAUGUUUUACAGGAUUUAUUUUAAAUAGGGUGCGUGUUACUCCGCAUUCGAGGGAUAACUAGGGAUAGGAAUAAGAGUAUAACGAAGUCCACAAAGUUAAAUAUCAACUUAAUAUUAAAUUUAAUGACAAAUGA